GGUGUACCUCUGUCAGUCGAUAGUAGUCUGUGACCCAAGGAUAGGCAGCUUAACAGACUGAACUAUUUGGUCAGACAAAUUCAGGAGAUUUACAUCCAAAUAUUAGUUUGCAGCGAUGGGGGACAAAAAUGAGGGAGACGUCAGCAGCAACAGUGAAGGAGUGACAGAAAUUCCCCUGCAAGAUGUGGUCAAGAUCGAUGACAAACGCAAUAGCAUCAAAUCGGAGAGUGCCAAUGUGAAAGAUGCUGAAAUUGCUGUAACAACCGACAAGAAAAUUCCCCAAACUAUUUCAAACUUUGAGACGAUGGCUCACUUGUUAAAGGGAAACAUUGGCACAGGGAUCUUUUCAUUGCCAUCAGCUUUCCUAAACGCAGGACUUUGGGUUGGAUUCGGAAUGUUUCCAAUCAUAGCCAUAGUUUGUGUUCACUGUAUGCAGAUGCUGGUCAAGUGCGCAGCUGUCAUGAAAAGGAGGGACGCGAAUUUUUCCAUUUCUUAUGCGGGGACAGCAGAAAUGGCUUGUCGCACGGGACAACCUCAAUAUGCAAAAUACGCGAGAGCUUUCGGCAUUACGGUUAACGUGUUCAUUUGCCUCAAGCAUUUUGGCGCCUGCGUUGUUUACCUGGUAUUUACGAGCACGAAUUUGCAAGCGGUGAUUGAAUACUACACAGAUAUCAGAUGGAAUGUGCGCAUAUACAUGUGCAUUCUAACCAUUCCACUGAUAUUUCUCAAUUGGAUUCGAAACCUCAAACUGUUGGCGCCCGUUUCGCUGGUUGCCAACGUGUUGCAAAUGUCAAGCAUCGUCGUCGUCUUUUACUACAUUUUCCGCGAUCCUUUGCCACCCAUCAACUCUGUGCCCGCGUUCGGGAGCUGGGGUGGAGUGCCCUUGUUUUUCGGUACAGCAAUCUUCUCACUAGAAACGAUUACGUUGGUCUUGCCCUUGCAAAAGGACAUGCGACGUCCAUGGGAUUUCAAAGGAUGGACAGGAAUUCUAAAUACUGGAAUGACUAUCGUGACCUGCAUUUACAUCGCCAUGGGUUUCUUUGGUUACUUGCAAUACGGGGAAGAAAUUGAAGGGAGCAUUACCCUGAAUUUGCCACAAGACGAAGUGUUGGCCCAAGUUGUAAAAAUUCUUUUGGUCGUGGCUAUCUGCGGAAACUAUGCCGUGCAGUUUUACGUUCCGAUUCCAAUUAUGUGGCCCACGUUGUCAAAAUACGCUGCUCGUUACACCAAGAAUGAUUUCGCCGCAGAGCUUGCAUUUCGCACAUUUAUGGUCCUAGUUACUCUGCUUUUGGCAGCAGCUAUUCCAAAAAUUGACUUGGUCGUUUCGCUUGUGGGAGCCGUUACGGGCACUUUUUUGGCACUUAUUCUUCCACCUAUUCUCGAAUACGUCACCUGCGCGCCAAACAUAAGCAAAUCCAUUCUCACAAAGGACAUCGUAAUUCUUGUGUUCGGAAUCGUUGGCUUCGUAACGGGGACCUACUCCACCAUUUUAGCCAUCGUCCAAGAAUUCACUGGAUAGGAACAAUUGUCAGACCAGACCAGCUUCAAAAUUUAAGUUUUCAGAAUUGAAAGAUACGUCCAGUUAAGGGAGGCACAUUUUUCCGCAAAUCUACUUCAAAAAUAAACUGAAAUUGCACAAUGGAA